AUGACUUUUGAGCAAUGCUCUGGAUCGCGGUGCGGGUCUUCGGAUUUUUUUUACGUUUGCAAAAGUGAGGCAGAGAACCGCCUCCGGGACUUUCUUAGCCAACUAGUGGAGGGCGUUCGCAGUGAGGAAGCCCUUUUUCGGGCGACGUGCGGCCCUCGUGUGGCGUGGAACCCGUACAGACCCGCGCGUGGUGAACAUAUUCGCCAAGGUGUACUGAACAGUGAGAUUUAUGAAUGGCGCUCAAGGGUGCCAGAAGAUUCUCUCGCCUUGGUGGGAAACCCGCUAGUGAUGAAGGAAUCAUUUAAUCAUAGUUUAGCCACCGGGUGCCAGCGGACGGGCGGUUUGGAACGAGUUACAGAGAUUUGUGAAAGUUUGGUAUGCGAACCCUCUGAAACUAAUGUAGAGGCUAGGACUAAGGCGCACACUAGUCUUACUUCGUUUGAAGAUGACGGUGUCACGAGAGAGUUUACAAUUAGUGAUAGUUGUCCGGUGAUUUAUAAUGAGGACGUGCUCAGACGAGUUGUGGCUGGAGUUUUCGAUGUGCUAUGGCGGACGGUUGCGGUACCGUGGAUUAAUGAGCAGUACGAUGGACAAUCAUCCCCUUUUCAUGAGAAGGCGCCGGUGGCUCAACACACGGCGCCAUUUACCCCGGUGCGGGCUCGUAAUGAAGAACAUAGCAAACAUAUACUUCAGGGUGGACAAGAGCUGCAACCGCAGCAUCCCCGUAGAUGGCAGCAUCGCCAGAUCACUUCUGACACCACCCGCAAACCCCCACCACCACAACAGGGAUUGACAAUAGUUCCUGGUGUUACUCCCUUGCGUGGGUUGCCAGCGCUUUCGGUGCAGCGUGAUGUGCAUUCUGUCAGUCCAGGCGAUUAUCGUCGCGCCGUCACGCAUCUUGAGGUUCACACGGGGGAGAGGCACGACCAGUUGGGGUUGGCUGGUAAAUCGGAUGCUUACUUAGCCAAAGAUCCUGGUGGUACAAAGCAACAUCGAGGGUCUUCCUGCGUGUUGAAGUUGCGCCGGGAGGAUUCAAAAGGUAAGAUAGAGAUGGUCCAUCCUGCCUCUGGGAAUCCUGUUUGUCCAAAGCAGUCACCUUCGUCUAGGCAGCUGUCUCCCCAGGAUAUUCGGUAUUCUUUCGACGAUAUUACCUCUGCCCAGAGACUAACCUCGAGGUUAACGCAAACACUGUGUGGUGAUAGAGUCGGCACUGGUGUUCGUGGUGACAUCUCGUCCCGUCUGGGGCGUUGUCAUCGGCUUGCUCCGGUACUCAUCGGUGUGAAGCAACCACCGCAACCCAAUCAUUUUCCUUCCCCAAGGCGGUUGCAGCGGCAACCGUAA